CCAAGGACGCAGAUGUCAAAAGCAUCGUUGCGGACCGUAUUCUCUUAUUCAGAUAUUCAUUUUCCUCGACAUCUUGUCCACGGUAGUCGUGACCGACGACAUGACAUACUUUACAGUUAUUGAAUGUUGUGUAAUUUAUUUAGCCGUAGCCACAAUACCUGUCAGCAGUAAAACAUGCGAAGGACAACAUGAAAUAUACAUUGACUGUCCAGCCGGUCAAUGUAACCCCAAAACUUGUGAUGACCUGGUCAAUCCACCUGGUUGUCCAGGAAUAAUACCUCCGUGCCCAGGAGGCUGUGUCUGUGAUACCGGGUAUUUAAGAAAUGAGAAUGGAACAUGCAUACCGGAGGACCAGUGUUCCAUGAUCUGCACUAAGAAACACGAAAGGUACAUAGGUUGUUUAGCUGGUCAAUGCAACCCCAAAACGUGUGAAGAUUUGGACACAUCGAUUCCAUGUCCUUUCGUAGAUGGACCAUGUCCGGGCGGUUGCAUGUGCGAAGAAGGCUACUUAAGAAAAGACGGAGAAUGUAUAAAGAUAGAAGAUUGCCCUCCAAAGCCUUGCAGAGGGAAUCAAACGUGGUUGUCACCUUGCAACGCGCCUUGUCCCUAUCCCCGCUGCCCAACAGACAACCAGCCACCUCAACCAUGCACUGAGCUACAACCGUGCUACCCGGGGUGUCAAUGCAAAUCGGGCUAUAAAAGAAAUUUGGAUGAACACUGUAUCCUGGCUUCAGAUUGUCCUGACCAAUGCACUAAGCCCCACGAAAACUGGACGAAAUGUUACAUCGGUGUAUGCGCACCUAUCCGCUGUGGCGACCUGGGCAAGCCGAUAGGAUGUCCGUCUAUAGCACCACCCUGCGCGGGCGGCUGCAUUUGCGAACAUGGCUUUGUGAGGAAUGAGAAAGGAGAUUGUAUUGAUGCCAAAACUUGCCCAAACUGUGGCGGAGACCCUAACGCAGAACCUGGCUGUGGCAAUCCUUGUAGACCAACCUGUGCCAAUCCAGCAGGCACACCCGCAGCGGAGUGUACCACAUUCUGCGAAUUUAAUGCCUGUGACUGCAAGGAGGGGUACAUUUUGAACACGGAUGUUGACCCGCCGAGAUGCGUUUAUCCUAAGGAUUGUAAAAAUCAAGCGGUGCACUAAGCCCCAUGAAAUAUGGACGGAUUGCUACAUUGCCGUAUGUCAGCCUCACGUGUGUGCCGACCUGGGCAAGCCAGUGGCAUGUCCCGGUGUGAUUCCGCCAUGCGACGGCGGCUGCGUGUGCGAAGAAGGCUUUGUGAGGAAUGAAAAAGAUGAUUGUAUAGAUGCCAAGACGUGUCCGAGCUGUGGCGGUGAUCCUAACGCACAAAUUGGCUGUGGCGAUUAUUGUAGGCCAACUUGUGAUCACCCAGCUGGAAGACCCGAGUGCAUCAAAUAUUGUCCAUUCAAUUCCUGCGAAUGCAAGGAAGGAUACAUUCUGAACACAGAUCUACACCCACCGAGAUGUGUUCUCCCUAAGGAUUGUAAACAUAACCAUUAAUAAUGGCUUCACCUUUUUUGAAUGUUUUACAAGCCAUGAAAUAAUUAUUAAUUACUGUAUUUUUCUAAUUUCCAUAUGCGCUGUGCGACACACUAUCUAUCUCCCCAUAAUGGGUCAGUAGAGAGAUAUUCCGUGGUUUCGUGAUUAAAUAAUGAUGUAUUUAGAUUUAUAUAUUUUUGGUAAGCCGUUUGGUCUUUGAUUUAAAUAGAUAUCAUAUUUUUUGGACAAUAAAUUUGUUUUAACCACUA